AUGUUCUUCCACGAAGAGGAAGCGGUUCAGUCCUCAUGUUUUCCGUUUCUCGAAACCCCGUUCACUCCAAGUGAUAUAGAGGAGCUGUUGUCCUUCAUUAACCAACCGGUUGAACCGGCCAGUCCGGGAUCCGGUUCACAGGGAUCGAACCGAGCGGUUUACUCGACGCACGAGAGAAAGCUUAGGCGAAUGCAAUCGAACCGAGAAUCAGCGAGGCGGUCCCGUUGGAGAAAGAAGCGUCAUUUGGAGAACCUCACGAACCAAGUGAACCGGUUGAGAAUUGAAAACCGAGAAUUAAAAAACCGGUUAUGCGUCACCAUGCACAACAAUCUUUUACUAGCUGUGGAGAAUGAACGCUUAAGAUGCGAAUCCGUUACCCUCGGGUCUAAACUCUCCGAUCUAUAUCAAAUUUUAGGCACCGUGCUACAAUAG